AUGUCAGGCUCUGGAUCUGGACCAGGGUCCGACUACGAUGAGGGGGAGUUGGUGGAGCCCAGUCCUCCUACUCCCAGGAGGAUGCGUAUGGCGAUGCCGGUCCAGCCCGCCUCGCCUCCGGUGGACUGUUUACAGUCCCUCGCUCCCUCCCCCGGCGACGCAGACGUGAGUUGGCACAGCAUCUCCGUCCUCCGCGGGCUCCUCGUCCCACGGCACGGCGUCCGGGUUAUGCGGAGCGAAGAACCCGUGACCGCCCGGCCCCCCAGCAUCGUUCAGAGCCUGGAGGCUCUCUGGGUCCUGUGCGCGGGAGACAGGGCCCCCCACUAUCCGAUGCCUCCCCAGGAGGGACGUCUGUGGGCGGGCCGGGCCUUACUCCCUCCUCCCAUCCCGCCGUGCUUCCCUUGA